UCUUUGUUUUUACAUGGUCACAAGACGUCUGUUGCGUCAAUUUCUAUAAAAAUUGCAAAAUAUUGCUAAAAUUAUACAAAUUUUAUUUCUCUGAAGUUUCGUCAAGAUGCCAGUUCGCAACUGCUGCCUAGGAUGCCAGGGCCCGUUGGCGGGCCCGUGCGGGCCGCUGGCGCACCGCAUGGAGUCGUGCUCCGACGUGGGUCCCUGCUGCGUGCACAGCAUAGGAGUCCAGUGCAAGUCGCCCUGUGGUGACCUUGGGGUGUUGCAUGGAGCGCGCGGCGGCAUGGCCGGCUCCUACUUCAGCUGCGGACACGGCUGCAUCGGAGGCUGCACCGGUGGACUCUGCGGCUGCUGCUGCGGCCCCGCGUGCGGCUGACAGCUGUCACUGUUGUUAGAUAAGUUUGUGCUUGUGAUGUUGUUGGCGGAAUAAAAUUUGAACCCUA